UUUGACCGCCAAAACGCGUCGCUGAAAUAGUACAAGUUCAAUGUAGAGUAUUACACUAGACCUAUUAAUAUACCUAUAUAAAUAGUAUAUAUACCAUACCUUAUGGCUAAGACAUUUGCUACUUCAUUAGAACUUCCGUGGGUGGAAAAGUAUCGUCCUCAUAAAUUGGAUGAUAUAGUGGGUAAUGAAGAAACCGUGGAGAGAUUAAAGAGAAUUGCUCAAGAUGGGAAUAUGCCUCAUAUGAUUAUUUCAGGAUUACCUGGAAUUGGGAAAACUACAUCUAUUCAUUGUCUUGCAUUAGAAUUAUUAGGUCCCGAAUUAUAUCAUCAAGCAACAUUAGAAUUAAAUGCAUCUGAUGAUAGAGGUAUAGAUGUUGUACGUAAUAAAAUUAAACAAUUUGCUCAAACUAAAAUACUGUUACCACCAGGAAGACAUAAGAUUAUAAUUUUAGAUGAAGCAGAUUCAAUGACUCCAGGAGCUCAACAAGCAUUAAGAAGAACUAUGGAAAUAUAUUCUAAUACUACCAGAUUUGCAUUUGCAUGUAAUCAAUCCCUGAAAAUUAUUGAACCUUUACAAUCUAGAUGUGCAAUAUUAAGAUAUAAUAAAUUAGCUGAUGAUCAAGUAUUAGCAAGAUUAUUAGAAAUAGUUAAAUUAGAAAAUGUUCAACAUAAUAGUGAAGGAUUAGGAGCAUUAAUUUUUACAGCUGAAGGAGAUAUGAGACAAGCAAUUAAUAAUUUACAAAGUACAGUAGCAGGAUUUGGAUUUGUUAAUGAUAUUAAUGUAUUUAAAAUUGUAGAUCAACCUCAUCCAUUAGUAAUUCAAAAGAUUUUAUCUAGUUGUACAACUGAUAAAAAUAUAGAUCAAGCAAUAGAAUUAUUAGAUAGUUUAUGGAUUAAAGGUUAUUCAUCAAUUGAUAUUGUAACUCUGACAUUUAAAGUAGCUAAAUCUUUACCUGGGAUUGAUGAAAAGAAAAGAUUAGAACUUAUAAAAGAAAUUGGAUUUACUCAUAUGAGAGUUCUUGAAGGUGUAUCAUCAUAUUUACAAUUAUGUGGAUUAUUUGCUAAGAUAUGUGAUUUGUAAUUAUUAUUAUUAUUAUUAUUAUUAUAAUUUAUUA